AUGGCUUCUAAACUACAGAACAGCAAGUUAGGGUUCAUCGGAGGUGGUAACAUGGCCGGUGCCAUUAUCGGUGGUCUUGUGGCUAAGGGUAUUAACAAACAGAAUAUUAUCGUCUCUGAACCCUGGGAGGUGAAUCGGGAUAAGAUUGGGGCAACGGGGGUGCGCACCACUACAUCCAACAAUGAGGCAUCACAGGAUGCGAACCUCCUCGUUCUUGCAGUGAAGCCGCAGGUUACAAAGGGUGUAUGCCAAGAGCUUGCCGGCGCUUGGGCCGAGCGCACGUCUUUACCCUUAAUUGUCUCUAUUGCCGCAGGUAUCACGCUGGAGAGCCUCAAGGAGUGGCUGAAGCUCACCGACGGACGCACACCUCACAUUAUUCGUGUGAUGCCUAAUACACCUGCUUUGCUAGGCGAGGGCGCAUCCGGCCUUUACGCGAGUGGUGACGUGUCGCAAGAAGAGAAAGACUUGACUGCAGCGCUACUAGGCAGCGUGAGCAAGGUGACCGAGUGGGUAGAUCGGGAAGAGUUGAUCGACGUCGUCACUGGCCUGUCAGGAUCCGGACCUGCUUACUUCUUCGCGAUGGUUGAGCAUUUGAUCGAAAGCGGGAUAAACCUAGGACUCUCGCGGGAGCAAGCAACGCGCCUAGCCAAGCAGACUUGCUUUGGGGCGGGUAAGAUGCUAGUUGAAUCGUCCGAAGAGCCGGCGCAGCUACGAAUCAAUGUUACUAGUCCAAAAGGAACUACGGAAGCCGCCCUGAAAAGCUUCGAUGCCUCGGGAUUCAAGGAAAUUGUCGAUAAAGCCGUGAAGGCAGCGGCCGAUCGAGGCAAGGAGUUAGGAGAGACUCUUGCCAAGUCAUAA